AUGAACCCCUCUGUUGUGGCUGCCCACAAGAGGAUUGGACUUCUCCAAAAGUUCAACAAAUGGCAAGGGAAGGCCAUUGAAAAGAUGCAAAAGUCCAUGGACAAGAUGGUGAGCAAGAUCAAAAGUUUGGAGAAGAAGGUUUCUGGUUCUUCAAGCAAGAAGAAGAAGGCCCCCAUGAGUUCCACAUUCCUUAGGAGUAGAUCCCUUCUCACCACUCCAAGGAGGCUCCCUGCCCAAGAGCCUCACAGAGCCUCUUCAUUCGAGCCAAGGGAGAGGAGAAGACAACUCACAGAGAAGGAGAAGAGCUCUAAGGCCAGACGCUCCAGCUCGACCACCGGACUCGAUCGAGUCCAAACAGAGGAAACUCAACUCGGUCGAGCUGACGGUCGAGUUGGUCUUGAGGAGUCACAGUUUGAGGAUCCGGGAUUUGCAUACGAUCCAACGCCUUACCAGGAGCACCCUCGGAGAAGAUGGAACCCCAAUUGA